CGAUUCGGAGUCGCGACCCACCAUCCGCCGAUUAGUGAAGAGACCGUCACCCCAACGACGACGAAAGACAUUCCUCCUCACCUAUAAAAUGCCAAUCUUCCGACAAAAGAGAGAAGAAAAUCCUCCUGUCGGUGUAAGAAUCCAUUUGAAUUUCGGUUCCCGAUCGAGUUCUAGGGUUUCUCUUCUCAAUUAAGAAAGACCCAGUGGCUCCUCUUAGCCAAUGUCGUUGAUCGUACAGAUCUAGGGCUUCAGAUGGAGCAAUCGUUGUCGACGGAUCCGUUGUUCCUGGAGGAUUUCGGUCAGAGGGUCGAUCUGACCAGGAGAAUCCGAGAGGUUCUGCUGAAUUACCCCGAAGGAACGACCGUGCUGCGGGAGCUGAUACAGAAUGCCGAUGAUGCCGGCGCCACGAAGGUCUGCCUGUGCCUGGACCGUAGGUCCCAUGGCGUGCGGUCGCUGCUGUCGGAUAGGCUUGCGGAGUGGCAAGGCCCAGCUCUGCUGGCGUAUAACAACGCCGUGUUCACGGAGGACGAUUUUGUCAGCAUUUCGAGAAUUGGGGAUAGCAAGAAGCAGGGGCAGGCUUGGAAAACUGGUCGCUUUGGGGUUGGCUUCAAUUCGGUGUACCAUUUAACGGAUCUACCAUCUUUUGUGAGUGGCAAAUAUGCGGUGUUAUUUGAUCCUCAGGGUGUUUACCUUCCAAAUAUUUCGGCAGCAAAUCCUGGAAAGCGACUCGAGUAUGUUAGCUCUUCAGCAAUCUCACUUUAUAGAGACCAGUUCUUUCCAUAUUGUGCUUUUGGAUGUGACAUGAAAAGGCCUUUCCCUGGAACUUUAUUUCGUUUCCCUUUGAGGAAUGCAGAUCAGGCAGCCGCUAGUAAGCUCUCAAGGCAGGUGUACUUGGAAGAUGACAUCUCUUCCAUGUUUGUUCAACUUUAUAAGGAAUCAGUUUUUACGAUGCUAUUUCUUAAAAGUGUCCUUUCAGUUGAAAUGUACAUAUGGGAUGCUGAUGCACCAGAGCCACGGAAGCUGUAUUCUUGCUCUGUCAACUCACCUAAUGAUGAAACAAUUUGGCAUCGCCAGGCUCUUUUGCGACUUUCUAAUUCAGUUGGAUCUGCAGGUGGGAAAAUAGAUACCUUCUCUUUGGACUUUUCAAGAGAGGAAGUCUUAGGGACACAUUUGGGGAAGAGGGUCGACACCUUUUUCAUUGUACAGGCAAUGGCACCAUCAUCUAGCAAAAUUGGUUCAUUUGCUGCUGCCGCCGCCAAAGAAUAUGAUCUUCACCUACUGCCUUGGGCAUCUGUUGCAGCGUGCAUAUCAAAUGACUUGAACGAGGCUGAUGUUCUUAAGCAAGGUCGGGCUUUCUGUUUUCUUCCGCUGCCAGUAAGAACGGGAUUGACUGUCCAAGUAAAUGGUUACUUUGAAGUUUCCUCGAAUCGUCGCAGCAUAUGGUUUGGAGCUGACAUGGACAGAGGUGGAAAACUUCGUUCUGAUUGGAAUAGGCUUCUCUUAGAAGAUAUUGUUGCCCCAGCUUUCAAGAAGUUAUUGCUUGGUGUGCGCAAGUUAUUGGGUCCCACUGAGUCAUACUAUUCAUUAUGGCCGAAGGGUACAUUUGAGGAGCCUUGGAGUAUUUUAGUGAACCAGAUCUAUAGAAGUAUUGAUGAUGCUCCGCUUUUCUAUUCUGAUGUUGAAGGAGGAAAAUGGGUAUCCCCAGCUGAAGCUUUUCGUCAUGAUGAGGAUUUCCAUAAAACAAAAGAACUCGGGGAGGCCCUUAUACUUCUCGGAAUGCCUAUUGUUAGUUUGCCUAAGCCACUUGUUGACAUGCUCUUCAAAUAUGAUGCUAGUUCUCGGAAAAGGGUGGUUAGUCCUCUUGCAGUACGAAAGCACCUUAAGGAAUGCAAGAUCCUGAUUACGUCAAGCAGAUAUCAUAAAUUAGUCCUGUUGGAAUAUUGUCUCCUGGAUUUGACUGAUGCUGAUGUCGGUAAACAUGCAAAUGGCCUGCCUUUGCUGCCUUUAGCAAGUGGCGAGUUUGGGCUAUUUUCUGAAGUCUCAAAAGGAAUAUCAUAUUUUAUCUGCAAUGAAUUGGAGUACCGGCUGGUGCACCAAAUUUCUAAUGAAAUGAUUGAUCGGAAUAUUCCUCCCAACUUAUUCAGCAGGCUUUCGGCUAUUGCAAAGUCUUCAAAGGCAAAUAUUGCUUUCUUUGAUGUCCACUGUUUUCUUCAGCUAUUCCCAAGAGUUUUCCCCGCUGAUUGGAAAUACAAUAAUAAAGUUGUCUGGGAUCCAGAAUCCUGUUCUAACCAUCCGACUGCCACUUGGUUCAUGCUUUUUUGGCAGUAUCUUCACAAUCAGUGUGAUGAUCUAUCAGUAUUUGGUGACUGGCCUAUACUGCCAUCCACUUCAGGGCAUCUUUACAGAGCUUCCAAAUACUCAAAAUUGAUUAAUGCAGAUCUGUUAUCUGAUACAAUGAAGAAUAUCCUCGCUAAGAUUGGCUGCAAGAUACUGGACUGUAAUUAUGGUGUUGAACACCAGGAGUUGUCUCUCUAUGUUCAAAAUGCAAACUGUGCAGGUGUUCUGGAUGCAAUUUUUGAUGUGAUUUCAUCAAAUGAGGACAUCUUACAAACUCUUUUCAACAAUUUUGGAGCUGGUGAGAGAAGCGAACUUCGCCAAUUUCUUCUAGAUCCAAAGUGGUAUAUCGGAUGUGUUCUAUCUGAUUCUCACCGACAGAACUGCAGAAGGCUACCCAUUUAUGAAGUCUAUGGUGGAGGUUUUGCUGAUUUACAAAUGCCUAAAAAGUACUUGCCACCUCUUGAUGUUCCUGAGUUCUUUCUGGACAGAGAGUUUGUUUGCAGCUUAUCUAAUAGUGAAGAAGAGAUCUUAUCGAGAUAUUAUGGAAUUGAACGCAUGAGGAAGUCACAUUUCUACAAGAAAAAAGUGUUGAACAGAAUUGAUGAGUUUCAACCAGGGGUUCGUGACACGAUUAUGUUAUCAAUUUUGCAAGAUCUACCUCAACUGUGUCAGGAGGACCCAUCUUUAAGGGAAUCUUUGCAGAAGCUGGAAUUUGUUCCUACACUUUCUGGGACUUUAAAGUGUCCUCAGGUGCUGUACGAUCCUCGAAAUGAAGAACUAUAUGAUCUUCUAGAAGAUUCUGACAGUUUUCCAUGUGGCGCAUUCCUGCAAUCGGGGGUUUUGGACAUGCUGCAGGGUUUGGGCCUUAGAUCAUCAGUCUCUCCUGAGACAGUUAUACAGAGUGCUCGCCAGAUUGAAUCAGCGAUGCAUAGCAACCCGUUGAAGGCACAUUCACGAGGCAAGGUGCUUCUCUCUUACCUAGAAGUAAAUGCAAUCAAAUGGUUGUCCAAUUCUCUUGACGGCCAAAGAACAGUGAACAGGUUGUUCUCAAAGGUUGGAACACCUUUUAGAUCACGCGAUACCUCUGUGGAGUCUGACUUCGAAAAGUUCUGGAGUGACUUGAGAAUGAUCUGCUGGUGCCCAGUUCUGGUUUCUUCUCCUUAUCAAGCUUUACCAUGGCCUUCUGUAUCAUCUACGGUUGCUCCUCCAAAGCUGGUCAGACUACCGGCCGAUUUAUGGCUUGUUUCAGCAAGCAUGCGCAUACUAGAUGGUGAAUGCUCUUCAACUGCGUUGUCAUGCAGCCUGGGAUGGUCUUCUCCACCUGGUGGAAGCAUAAUUGCUGCCCAACUUCUUGAGCUUGGCAAAAACAAUGAGCUUGUGACGGAUCAGGUGCUUCGGCAGGAGUUAGCCCUCGCGAUGCCAAGGAUAUACUCUAUAUUGGCAGGUAUGAUUGGCUUGGAUGAGAUGGACAUAGUCAAAGCUGUUCUGGAAGGAUGUCGCUGGAUUUGGGUGGGGGAUGGGUUUGCAACAUCGGAUGAAGUAGUUUUAAACGGCCCUCUUCAUUUGGCUCCUUACAUUCGUGUUAUUCCGGUUGAUCUAGCAGUUUUCAGGGAGUUGUUUUUGGAACUUGGCAUACGUGAAUUUCUGAAGCCCACAGAUUAUGCGAAUAUUCUAUAUAGAAUGGCUGCGAAGAAAGGAUCUACUCCACUUGAUGCGCAGGAACUCAGAGCAGCAGUAUUGGUUGUGCAGCAUCUGGCUGAAGUUCACUUUCAGGAUCAGCAGGUUAAAGUCUACUUACCAGAUGCGUCAUCUGUAUUAUUUCCUGCCGCUGAUCUAGUUUACAACGAUGCUCCAUGGUUGCUGAGCUCUGGAGACGGUGCAUUUGGGAAUACACCUACCAUUGCUUUGAGUGUGCAGAGAAAUGUUCAUAAAUACGUUCAUGGCAACAUUUCAAAUGAUGUAGCAGAGAAGCUUGGUGUAUGCUCCCUCCGUCGGCUGUUGCUUGCUGAGAGUGCUGAUUCAAUGAAUCUGAGUUUAUCCGGAGUUGCUGAAGCUUUUGGGCAGCAUGAGGCCUUAACAACCAGGCUUAAGCAUAUAGUUGAAAUGUAUGCGGAUGGACCUGGGAUACUUUUUGAGCUGGUGCAAAAUGCAGAUGAUGCAGGAGCUUCUGAGGUGAUCUUUCUGUUGGAUAAAACUCAGUAUGGGACUUCAUCUGUUCUGUCACCUGAAAUGGCAGACUGGCAGGGGCCUGCUCUUUACUGUUUCAAUAGUUCUGUUUUUAGUCCACAAGACCUUUAUGCAAUUUCACGCAUUGGUCAGGACAGUAAACUUGAAAAGCCUUUUGCAAUUGGAAGGUUUGGGCUUGGCUUCAACUGUGUUUACCAUUUUACAGAUAUUCCAGGGUUUGUUUCUGGAGAGAACAUUGUGAUGUUUGAUCCUCAUGCAUGUAAUCUGCCUGGGAUCUCCCCAAGCCAUCCAGGCCUUCGAAUAAGAUUUGUUGGGAGAAGGAUCUUAGAACAAUUUCCUGAUCAGUUUGCUCCGUUUCUGCAUUUUGGCUGUGAUUUACAACAUCCAUUUCCUGGUACCCUCUUCCGCUUCCCUCUAAGGAGUGAAAAUGCAGCCUCACGAAGUCAAAUAAAGAAAGAGAAGUAUGCACCUGAAGACGUCCUUUCACUUUUCUCUUCUUUUUCUGAAGUUGUCUCUGAGACCCUUCUUUUUCUCCGUAAUGUGAAAACCAUUUCCAUUUUUGUGAAGGAGGGGGCUGGUCAUGAUAUGCAACUGUUUCACCGUGUUUCCCGGAACAUCAUUAGGGAACCUGAAAGUGAAGCCUAUCCAGCACAUGAUAUGCUUGACUUUAUUCGUGGAAAUCAGCAGAGUGGAAUGGAUAAAGAUAAUUUCUUUAGCAAAUUGAGCAAAACUGUGGAGAGUGACUUGCCACGGAAUUGUCAGAAGAUUGUGGUGACAGAACAAGACCUUUCUGGUGAAAGGUCACAUUUCUGGAUGGUCAGUGAAUGUCUGGGAGGUGGACGUGCUAGAAGCAAAUCUGUGGCCAUGGAUAACAGAUCUCGAAAUUUUAUUCCCUGGGCGUGUGUUGCUGCUUACUUGUACUCUGUCAUUGUGAAGGAUGUAAAGGAACCAAGUGAUGGUGGUCAGACUACUGAAGCAGAACCCAAUGGUAACAUUUUGGACCACUAUCAAAUUCCUUCAGGUUCCAGGCAGCAUAGAAGGGAGUUUGAGGGCCGAGCCUUUUGCUUCCUGCCUCUGCCAAUCAGUACUGGUUUGCCAACACAUGUUAAUGCAUAUUUUGAAUUGUCAUCAAAUCGGAGGGAUAUCUGGUUUGGCAAUGAUAUGGCAGGGGGUGGAAAAGCACGAUCUGACUGGAAUAUUUACCUCCUUGAGGAUGUUGUUGCUCCUGCUUAUGGUCACUUGCUUGUGAAGGUUGCAGCAGAGAUUGGUCCGUCUGACCUGUUCUUUUCACUUUGGCCCACAACAAACAGACCUGAACCAUGGGCAUCCAUGGUUAGGAGGCUCUAUGCAUGCAUUGCUGAUCUUGGAUGCCGUGUUUUAUACACAAAAGCUAGAGGGGGUCAGUGGAUCUCAACGAAACAGGCUGUUUUUCCUGACUUUACCUUUCCCAAAGCAAAUGAGCUUUCAGAAGCAUUAUCCAAUGCUGGUUUGCCUUUGGUUACUGUUUCUAAGCCAAUGGUUGAAAGAUUUAUGGAGAUUUGCCCCUCACUGCAUUUUCUGACCCCUCAAUUGCUGAGGACCCUGUUAAUUCGACGCAAACGUGAAUUUAAGAACAGAGAUGCAAUGAUCGUGACGCUAGAAUACUGCUUGAGUGACAUAAAAGGAUCUACUCCCUGUUCUAGUUUGCAUGGUUUGCCUUUGGUUCCUCUUGCCAAUGGUUCAUUUACAACAUUUGACGAGCGUGGAGAGGGCGAAAGAGUCUUCAUCACAUGCCAGAAUGAGUAUGAUCUUCUCAAGGGCUCAGUUCCUCACCUUCUUGUGGACUGCACCAUUCCAGAAGUACCUCUCGGGAAGCUACGGGAUAUAGCUCAAUCUGGGGACUCAAAUAUUUCAUUGCUGACGUGUCAUUCACUUGUGGACCUCUUUCCAAGGCUUCUUCCGGUAGAGUGGCAGCAUGCUAAGCAGGUGUCUUGGACCCCAGGCAACCAAGGGCAACCAAGUUUGGAGUGGAUGGGACUACUUUGGAUGUAUUUGAAGUCAUCCUGUCUUGACCUUUCAAUUUUUUCUAAGUGGCCUAUUUUGCCUGUAAGGAAUGGCUGCCUCUUGCAGCUUGUCAAAAGUUCAAAUGUGAUAAGAGAUGAUGGAUGGAGUGAGAACAUGUAUUCGCUGUUGCAGAAAUUAGGGUGUUUCUUCUUGAGGUCUGACCUGUCCAUCAAUCAUCCACAGUUGCACAAUUUUGUGCAGGAUGCAACAGCAACUGGCAUCUUAAAUGCUUUACUUUCUAUUGCUGGUGAGCCACAUGAAAUCAAGGGCCUCUUUAGUGAUGCAUCAGAAGGAGAGAUGCGUGAACUUCGAAGUUUUAUUUUCCAAUCGAAGUGGUUUCAUGGGAAUCAGAUGGAUUCUGCGCACAUUGACAUUAUUAAGCUUCUCCCUAUCUUUGAGUCAUACAAAAAUAGGAAGCUUAUAAGUUUAAAUAAGCCUACCAAAUGGCUUAAACCAGAAGGUGUGCAUGAUGAGCUCUUGGAUGAAAGUUUUGUGCGCACAGAAUCAGAAAGGGAAAAAACCAUUCUAAGAAGUUAUCUGGGGAUCCGAGAACCCUCUAGGACUGAAUUUUACAAGGAUCAUGUGCUUACUCACAUGUCAGAGUUCCUUUCACGGCCGGUUGUUGUUUCUGCCAUAUUCCUUGAUUUAAAGCUUUUAAUUGAAGAAGAUGCUUCAAUUAAAACUGCUCUCUCACAAACACCUUUUGUUCUGGCAGCUGAUGGAUCGUGGCAACAUCCUUCCAGGCUUUAUGAUGCUCGUGUUCCUGGCUUACAGAAAUUGCUGCACAGAGAAGCUUUCUUUCCUUGUGACAAGUUCUUAAAUACUGAAAGUCUUGAAACUUUAGUCAGCUUGGGACUUAGGCAAACCUUGGGCUUUGCUGGUUUGCUUGAUGCUGCCCGGUCAGUUUCAAUGUUGCAUGAUUCAGGGAAUGUUGAAGCUUUUGAUUAUGGAAGGAGGCUACUUGCUUGCUUAGAUGCUCUAGGGUCUCAGCUUUCCAGAAGAGAUGGAGAAGAAAAUUUCAGUGAUCUCAGUAAUUCUAUUUUAUAUCCCAAGAAUGGUAAUUCAAGUGAAGAUGCAGAAUUUAUAUACUCUAAAAAGACAGAUGAAGAGAACUACUGCCACUGGGAUCAGGAGUUGCAAUCAUGUUUAGGCAAUUUGAUGCAUGAUGAACCGGACGAAGAAUUUUGGUCAGAAAUGAGAACCAUUAGUUGGUGCCCUGUUUGUGUUGAGUCACCACUAAAUGGACUUCCGUGGGUUGUUUCCAAACACCAAGUAGCAUCUCCAAGCAUUGUGAGACCUAAGUCACAGAUGUGGAUGGUGUCAUCAACAAUGAGGAUACUUGAUGGUGAAUGCUGCUCGCAGUACCUACAAAGUAAGCUUGGCUGGAUGGAUCAACCUGAUAUCUAUGUUCUUUCUGCUCAAUUAGUUGAGCUGUCCAAGUCCUACUGCCAGCUUAAGUUACAGUCUGAACAGGAGCCUCUUCCUGAUGCUGCAUUGCAGAGGGAAAUCCCAUCUCUUUACUCAAAAUUGCAGGAAUUUGUCGGUACUGAUGAAUUCAUGAUUUUGAAAUCUGCUGUGGAUGGCAUUCCAUGGGUUUGGAUUGGUGACAAUUUUGUGUCACCAAAGGCACUUGCAUUUGACUCACCUGUGAAAUUUCAUCCAUACUUGUAUGUUGUACCAUCCGAGUUGGUGGAAUUCAGGGUUUUACUUUCGGGACUAGGUGUGCGACUAACCUUCGAUAUUGCGGAUUAUUUGCACGUGCUGCAACACUUGCAACAUGACCUGAAAGGCUCACCAUUAUCACCGGAGCAGUUGAGUUUUGUUCAUCGUGUCCUCGAAGCUGUUGUGGACUGUUCUGCAGACAACCAAGCAUCCGAUACAUUUAUGAGUUCAGUAAUACUUCCUGAUUCUUCUGGAGUUCUGAUGCACUCAAUGGAUCUAGUGUACAAUGAUGCACCGUGGAUGGAGAAGAAUAGUCUUUCUGCAAAACAUUUUGUACAUCCAAGUAUUAGCAAUGAUCUGGCAAACAAACUGGGGGUACAGUCACUUCGCUGCCUGUCUUUAGUUGAUGAUGAGCUGACAAAAGACUUGCCAUGCAUGGAUCAUGGUAAAAUAAAUGAAUUGCUGGCGUUAUAUGGAAACAAUGAUUUUUUGUUGUUUGACCUGCUAGAGUUGGCAGACUGCUGCAAGGCAAAGAAGGUGCACCUGAUAUUUGAUAAGCGAGAACAUCCACGCCAAUCUUUGCUCCAACACAAUCUAGGUGAAUUUCAAGGGCCUGCUCUGACAGUUGUCCUAGAAGGGGCUACUUUGAACAGGGAAGAAAUAUGCAGUCUCCAGCUUCUUCCACCAUGGAAGCUUCGUGGCACUACUCUUAACUAUGGUUUAGGACUUCUUAGCUGUUAUUUUGUAUCCGAUCUCCCUUCAGUUGUUUCAAGUGGCUACUUUUACAUUUUUGACCCUCUUGGUUUGGCUCUUGCUGCACCUUCGAGCCAUGCUCCCUCUGCAAAAGUGUUCUCUUUGAUAGGUACUAAUUUGGCAGAGAGAUUCCAUGAUCAGUUUCAUCCUCUGCUUAGUAGUCAGAGCAUUUCACUUUCAUCAUCAGAUUCAACAGUUAUUCGCAUGCCUCUAUCACCAGAAUGCAUGAAAGGACUUGACUCUAGCUAUAUGAAAGUAAAACAGAUCUUCGAGAGAUUCAUGGAGCAUGCGUCUACAACGCUUCUGUUUCUAAAGUCAGUUUUGCAGGUGUCAUUAUCAACUUGGGAGGAGGGAAGUUCACAUCCCUGUCAGGACUAUUCUGUUUGUGUUGAUUCAUCAUCUGCUGUUAUGAGGAAUCCUUUUUCUGAAAAGAAGUGGAGGAAAUUCCAAAUAUCAAGAUUGUUUAGUAGCUCAAGCGCUGCAAUAAAGUUGCACACAAUAGAUAUGCACUUGUUCCAUGAAGGAAACAAAUUUAUUGACAAAUGGUUGGUUGUGCUUAGCCUUGGAUCUGGACAAACAAGAAACAUGGCCCUCGAUAGGAGGUAUCUUGCUUACAACUUAACACCAGUUGCUGGAGUUGCAGCACACAUAUCUCGAAAUGGACAGCCUGCCAGUGCGCGCUCAUCCAGCUGCAUUUUGUCUCCCCUUCCCCUUUCUGGUGACAUAAGCAUGCCAGUCACUGCUCUUGGAUGCUUCCUUGUGUGUCACAAUGGGGGACGCUAUCUGUUCAAGUACCAAAACAGUGUGGCUUCAUCAGAAUCACGACCUGAUGUGGGAAAGCAGCUAAUAGAAGCUUGGAACAAAGAACUGAUGUCUUGCAUUCGUGACUCAUAUAUUGAAAUGGUGUUGGAAUUUCAAAAGCUAAGAAGGGACCCCUUGACUUCAAGUAUCGAGCCAAAUUCAGCACGUGCUGUUAGCCUGAUUUUGCAGGCUUAUGCAGAUAGAAUCUACUCAUUCUGGCCAAGGUCUAAACAGCGGUCUUUAGCUGGGAUUCAACCUGAUCCUAUUGUCAGUAAUUCAAGUCCACGCAAAGCACUUGAGGCAGAUUGGGAACGCCUGAUUGAACAAGUGAUAAGGCCUUUUUAUGCACGCCUUGUUGAUCUUCCGGUCUGGCAGCUCUACUGCGGAAAUGUUGUCAAAGCUGAUGAAGGCAUGUUUCUUUCCCAAUCUGGGAAGGGAACAGGCGAUCAUUUGCCCCCCGCCACAGUUUGUAGCUUCAUAAAAGAACAUUAUCCUGUAUUUUCAGUACCAUGGGAAUUGGUCAGUGAAAUUCAAGCUGUGGGAAUUACAGUGAGAGAAAUCAAGCCUAAGAUGGUCCGGGAUCUUCUGAAAGCUUCUUCUACAUCUAUUGUUCUUCGAUCAGUUGAGACAUAUAUAGAUGUUCUGGAAUACUGUUUGUGUGAUAUUCAUGUGCAGCAGUCAUCUAAUCUCUACAGAGCUGACCCAUCAGGGGAACAUGCUAGUUUGGAUCCUGUUAAUGAGAUGCAUGUGCCUGGGGAUAGCAAUAUUCACAGAAAUAGGGCACCUUCUAUGUUAAAUCCAAAUGUACCGAGGUCACAUCAUGUGGUUACCCAGAAUCCAGAUGCAGUGGAAAUGAUGACAAAUUUGGGCAAGGCCUUGUUCGAUUUUGGCCGUGUGGUUGUGGAAGAUAUAGGCAGGGCUGCAGGCUCUUCAGUUCACAGGAACACUACUGCUGGUAGUAGUAUGGAUGCUGAGUCAGCCAUAGCUGUUGAGUUGAAAGACUUGCCUUGUCCAACUGCAACAAAGCAUCUUGCAAGGUUGGGGGUUACUGAACUUUGGGUUGGGAACAAGGACCAGCAGUCGCUAAUGCUUCCGCUAGCAGCAAAGUUUAUCCAUCCGCAAUGCUUAGAAAGACCACAUUUAGAUGAUCUUUUAUCCAACCAAACGAUUCACAGAUUUUUGAAAUUGCAGAAUUUCUCCCCUCACCUAUUGUCAAAGAAUCUGAGGUUACUUUUCAGUGAAUAUUGGGUAAAUCAUGUAACAAGCUCUAAGGCUCCUUGGGUUUCAUGGGAGAACAGUACUAAUUCAACAGGUGGGGGUCCUUCUCCUGAAUGGAUACGGCUCUUCUGGAAAAGCUUUAGUGGCUCAUCAGGAGAUCUCUCUCUUUUUUCUGACUGGCCCCUUAUUCCAACUUUUCUUGGUAGGCCCUUCUUAUGCCGUGUGAAGGAGCAUCGACUGGUGUUUAUACCACCCAUUACUGAGCCAAUUUCAGAAAAUAGAGCUGAGAGUCAUGAGGCGAGUGAGAUGGCGAGUUCAUCUGGAAAUAAUAUUUCUCAAUCUGAAUUAAUGCGGCGUUACGUAGCAGCAUUUGAAAUGACCAAUUCACGAUACCCUUGGUUAUUUUCACUGUUGAACCAGUGUAAUGUUCCUGUAUAUGAUGUAUCUUUUCUAGAUGCCGGUGGACCAUCCCAUUGUAUACCUAUACCUGGUCAAUCGCUUGGGCAAGUGAUAGUUUCGAAGUUGCUUGCAGCUAAACGUGCUGGUUAUUUUUCUGAACCAGCUUCUUUCUUAGAUGCUGAUCGUGAUGAACUGUUUGCACUUUUCGCGUCAGAUUUCACUUCUUCCAAUGGCUCUACAUACAAAAGAGAAGAGCUUGAUGUAUUGCGAGAACUACCCAUAUACAAGACAGCUGUGGGAUCAUAUACACGAUUACAGGGUACAGAUCAGUGUAUUAUUUCUCCAAGUUCCUUCUUUCAGCCUUACGAUGGACGGUGCCUUUCAAAUUCAAUAGAUUCAAGUGGCGGUCCAUUAUUCCGUGCCCUUGGGGUUCCUGAGUUGCAUGAUCAAGAGAUACUGGUUAGGUUUGCCCUGCCUGGUUUUGAACAUAAAGCUCAGGGUGAACAGGAAGAUAUAUUGAUAUAUUUAUAUACGAAUUGGCAAGAUCUACAACUUGAUUCUGCAGUAGUUAGUGCUUUAAAAGAGACUAAGUUUGUGCGAAAUUCCAAGGAACUUUGUGUAGAAUUAUUUAAACCAAAAGAGCUACUUGAUCCUUGUGAUCCUCUACUAACAUCAGUGUUCUCUGGGGAGAGAAAUAUGUUUCCUGGUGAGAGGUUUACUGCAGAUGAAUGGCUUCACAUUUUAAGGAAAACAGGCCUUCGAACAUCAUCAGAAGCAGAUAUGAUACUUGAGUGUGCCCAAAAAGUAGAGUUGCUUGGGAGCCAAUCCAUGAAAUGUAUAGAGGAUCCUAGUGAUUUUGAGUCGGAUUUUUCUGAUUCCCAAAAUGAAAUCCCUUUGGAAAUAUGGUCUCUUGCUGGGUCUGUUGUGGAAUCCAUAUUGACAAACUUUGUAGUUCUAUAUGGCAAUAAUGGCAAUAACUUCUGUAAUCAGCUUAGCAGGAUUACAUUUGUACCUGCUGAAAAAGGGUUCCCGAGUAUUGGUGGCAAGAAAGGUGGGAAGCGGGUGCUUUCUUCAUAUAGCGAAGUAAUCCUUUUGAAGGAUUGGCCUUUAGCCUGGAGUUGUGCUCCUAUUCUUGCCAAACAGAAUGUUAUUCCACCAGAAUACUCUUGGGGAGCAUUCCAUCUGAGGAGUCCUCCUGCUUUUUCUACAGUCCUGAAGCAUUUACAGAUUGUUGGUAAAAAUGGCGGUGAAGACACCCUUGCACACUGGCCAACAUCAUCGGAUGUGAUGACCAUAGAGGAAGCUUCUUCUGAAGUUUUGAAAUAUCUGGAUAAGAUCUGGGGAACGCUUUCUGCUUCAGAUAUAUCAGAGUUGCAGAAGGUGGCAUUCAUACCAGUUGCAAAUGGCACACGUUUGGUUAAGGCGAGUUCCCUUUUUGUACGUCUGACAGUCAACCUUUCCCCAUUUGCAUUCGAACUUCCUACUCGGUAUCUCCCAUUUGUGAAGAUUCUCAAGGACAUUGGCCUUCAAGAUGUGCUGUCUCUCUCCUGUGCAAAGGAUCUUCUGUUAGGCAUCCAGAGAUCAUGUGGAUAUCAACGUCUCAAUCCUAAUGAACUCCGUGCUGUGAUGGAGAUUCUUCACUUCAUAUGUGAUGGGAUUGCUCAGGCAAGGUCAGAUCGAUCCAAUUGGGCAACAGAAGCAAUAGUCCCGGAUGAUGGAUGCAGGCUUGUUUUGGCAAGAUCAUGUGUCUGCAUUGAUGCUAAUGGAUCCCAUUUUCUCAGGAAUAUAGAUACUUCUAGGUUAAGAUUUGUUCACCCAGAUCUUCCAGAAAAGAUGUGCACGACCUUGGGCAUCAAAAUGCUGUCUGAAAUGGUUGUGGAGGAACUGGAUCACGAGCAAAACUUACAAGUUUCAGAUGAGCUUCGGUCGGUUCCAUUGAAGAUGAUAACAGCCAGGCUCAUGAGCAGAUCUUUCCAAGCUGCAGUAUGGACUGUUAGAAAUAGCUUAACUGAUUAUGUACCUGGAUUUGAAGGCCUGACACUGGAGCAGAUACGAAGUUACCUUGAAUCCAUGGGAGAGAAGUUACAGUUUGUUCGAUGCCUUUGGACUCGAUUUCUGCUACUUCCAAAAUCUUUGGACAUUACCCGCAUAACCAAGGAUUCCGGUAUUCCUGAAUGGGAAGGUGGACCAGGGCAUCGGACUCUUUACUAUGUCGACAGAUCAAGUACUCGUGUUUUGGUUGCAGAGCCUCCCAAUUCCAUGUCUGUUUUCGAUGUCAUUGCAGCUAUUGUGAGUCAGGUAUUGGGUUCCCCAACAGUAUUACCCAUCGGGCCGUUACUUUCUGGCCCCGAGGGUUCAGAAAAUGAAAUCCUUAAUAUACUAAGACUCGGAUCUGAUAGAGGGGAAACAGGCGGUGGAAGUGGUAGCGAUAGAUUGGUAGGCAAGGAGCUAUUACCACAGGAUGCUCUGCAAGUACAGUUCCAUCCACUGCGGCCAUUUUACAGAGGAGAGAUAGUGGCAUGGCGGCCAGGAAAGGAUGGGGAGAAGCUGAAGUAUGGUAGAGUUCCGGAGGAUGUGAGGCCGUCUGCUGGCCAGGCUCUUUACAGGUUUAUGGUGGAAACCGCACCAGGAGAGACACAAGCUCUUCUUUCUUCACAGAUUUUCUCGUUCAGAAGCAUUUCUACGGAGGAUGGGGCUUCAACGUCAACCUUGCUGGAGGGUGGUCAGACUAAUGCAGAAAACAGGGAUCGUGCACAGAUUCAUAAAGCUUCUGGAAGUGGCAAAACAGUUUCCCAGCAGUCAGUUAAAGAACUCCAGUAUGGCCGGGUGUCUGCAGAGGAACUGGUGCAGGCUGUCCAUGACAUGCUUGCUGCAGCUGGGAUCAACAUGGAUGCUGAGAAGCAGACCCUACUGCGAACAACUCUAUCUCUGCAAGAACAGCUCAAAGAAUCUCAAGCGGCACUUCUUCUCGAGCAGGAGAAGGCCGACACAGCAACAAAAGAAGCCGAUGCAGCCAAGGCGGCAUGGUCAUGCCGUGUCUGCCUGAGUGCUGAAGUGGACAUUGCAAUAGUUCCUUGUGGGCAUGUCCUGUGUCGCAGAUGCUCAUCUGCUGUUACCCGGUGCCCCUUUUGCCGGCUUCAGGUGUCUAAAACCAUGAAAAUUUUCCGGCCAUAAAAAGUGUGACACAGAUCAUAGAGAUUCUCAAAACGGAUUAUUCGACAUUGCCACGUCAUCAUAAUUAAGGUGUUGCUGAAAGAAGCAUUUAGAAGGAAA